AUGGAUGAGAGCGAGAUCACCGUUCAGCAAUCACCCUCGGCAACAGUUCCGCCAACGCCGCCGACUCACACCCCGAGAAGAGCUCUAAAGCGAAAUUCUGCAGCGUGUGAGCGUUGUCGAAGGCGUAAACAAAAGUGCGACGGAAAAUUGCCAUCUUGUGGAUCUUGUCUUCUUGUCCAAGCCAGAUGUGUUCCGUCUGAUAGGCUCCUCAUUCGAGCUGACCCUAACUGUCAAUGCCAAGCUUUGAAAGAGCGUGUUCGUGAUCUUGAGGGCCAGCUUGAAGCUCAGCGUGCCGAAAGAAGUAGCAAUGAAUUGUCUGACCCCCCUGAUUCAUCCUACCAACAGCCCAUUGUUAGUGGUGUCCCGAAUCACUUGGUCAACAAUAACGAGGCUACAUAUCAUGGUCGCAUACUUCGACCUUCGUUCCCCGAAUCAAAUAGUGGCUCAGCCCUGAGGCCAACUUUGCGAGGGAGCCCAUGGCAACUUUGGGCAGGCGACCUCGAUAGCCAGACGUCGCCAGACGUUGCCCCUGAUGUUUCCGAUCAUCUGCUUACGACUGAAUCUGAGGCUCUAGUUGAGGUCUACUUUACCAACCGGUGGCCUCAGCUUCCCAUCCUCCAUAAGCCAACCUUCAUCCGGAAUGACUUCCUACCAACGAUCAGAGGCGAUCCCGGACAGCCACUAUCACCAUUUCGGGUGAACAUGGUCCUCGCAAUCGCGAGUGCAGAAGCAAACAUCAAGGGUCCACAGCAGGAUCAGCAGGUACAUGAAAGGUUCUUCCAGAGAGCUGUUAAAGAUCUUGGCUUGGUUCUCGCAGCCGAGGAUCUGGACUGUAUACAAUGCCUUCUGCUAUUGUGUCUGUACGGAACGAAUGAGCCUCAGUCAGUCAACAUUUGGUACACGCUCGGUUUAGCUUUGCGUAUAGCCCUUGGCAUCGACCUUCAUCGAGAAGAAUCACCAAGCGCCAACCAAGACCUUUUAUCUCAAGAAAUGGCCCGCCGACUGUUCUGGUGUAUCUAUGCCCUAGAUCGCAGCAUGUCUAUUGUAAUGGGUAGACCACUGGGCAUAAAUGAUUCAGAUAUCACGGCACCCUUGCCGCGGCAGCUGACGGAUGAACAACUUUGCUGUGCAGAAGAUGUACCAAGUAUUGUUCAAAAUCCCAAAGACAUGUCGACCUUUCUGCAUGUCAUCAGAAUUCGCCAGAUCAAUGCUGCCAUUUACACGUCUCUGCACGCCGCUUCUGCAAGCGAGAAUAGCGAGUCUGAGAGAUUGGAUGUCCUACGCGAUGGCCACUACGCCGAUCUAAAUACAUGGCUGAUUACUGCACCUCGGUACGGUCCAGCAGGUGGUGUCCCUAUGCUUCAAACAACAGAAUGGUUUCAAAUCGCCUAUCAUUAUGCUGUACUUUCUCUCUACCGUCCAUCGCGGGUCUUUCCCGUCGCUAACAUUUCUUCACUGAGACUUUGUACCGACUCUGCGAUAAGUCUGAUCUCUUGCUAUCACACACUGUAUGCCAAGAACCGGAUUAGUUACACCUUCGUCGCACUGAACUCUUUGUUCAUGGCGGCAGUCACCAUGCUAUAUGCUCUGAGAUCCAGCCCGGUCAUUCGCAGCGAGCUAAGCAAAGGUAUCGCUAAGGCGAAUAUCGAUAUGUGUCAAAGACUGUUACGUGGUGUAUCGGAUGGACGCUCCGUGGGCGAGCGAUGUGCUGUUGUGGUAGGGAGGCUUGGGGAGGCCACAAUGGAAGUUUUUGACCGAGAACAGUCGCUCAAUGAUGAUAUAGAUACUGAGUUUAUGUCGUGGUUUGGACUAAAGUUACAGAAUUCAGGAUCUAGGAUGGACGAAAUAGGUACCGAAGGAAGUCAGCAAAUUACUCCUAGUAUAGACAUACCUUGGAAUGAUUUAUUUGUGCAAGGGUUCGAUGUUGGAAACCAUAAUUACCUGGAGUACAUAGUUUGA